AUGUCCAUGCCGGAAUAUUUGGGCCGUGCGCAACACAUCGUGGAGGAUCUAGCGCUCGCCGGCCGUCCUAUGACCCUCUCGGAACAGAAUCUAUAUGUGUUCCGGGGGUUACGCCCGGAAUUCCGAUCCAUGGCUGCUUCCUUGGCAGUCAACGGCACACCCAUGACGAUUCCCCAGCUUGCGGACUGUCUACAGGCGCAACAGUUUAUUCAUGCCGAUGAUUUUCCCACUCCAGCGACCGGCGAUCCAGUGGCGAUGUAUGCAGGCUCUGGCCGCCGAAAUCAUGGAGAUGGGAACCAGCGUAGUGGCCAGCGCGGCGGCGGCAGUCGCGGAGCAGGAGGCCGCGGCGGAGGCAAUGGCCGAGGUGGCCGUGGACGCGGAAAUGGUCGUGGUCCCGUUCGCUGCCAGAUAUGCCGAGCCCAAGGCCAUUCGGCGGCUUAUUUUCAUCGCCGCUACUCGGAGCCACCUCCAUCGCAGGCACACAUGGCAGUCACGGCGGAUGGCGGUUCCCACAAUCAAGCCACGGCGUGGCUACCGGAUACUGGGGCCACAACUCACGCCACCCCGGAUCCCGGGCUGCUUUCGCAAUCUGAAGAUUAUCACGGAGAUGAUGUGUUAAGAAUGGGCAAUGGCGCAGGUUUGGAUAUCUCCAGUGUGGGUCAUGCAGUAAUUCCAUCGGGUUCUAAAUCUUUAAAAUUGAUUGAAACUGUUCCACUCUCAUCUACCGCAACUUGUCUUGUUGGUAUGAAGAUCCACCGAGCCAUCAAUAUUGAUUUUAACCAUGCCAUUAGGAGGUUUCCACCGCAACUUACCUUUGAGGACUUUGUGAUCCACUAG